GCUGAUUGGACUUUAGGCUUCCAGUGAGUUAAACGCUGUCAAGGGAAGUGAGCUUUGACCAAACCUUGCCAAAGCUCUGGGCUUCUGGCAAUAAAAAGACGGAAAACCAUGAGCGUGUAGACCAAGUGUUCCUGGACAGUGGUGUUCUGGCAGCUAUGGCAUCGUCUGACGCUCAAAGGAAAAGGGUGGCUGUUAUCGGUGGUGGCUUGAUUGAAUUCAGGUUUCUGCAUAUGCUACACAAAGAUAUUCGAGUGGCUAAAUUUACACGUGGAAGAAGCAUUAACUUGGCCCUUUCUUAUAGAGGACGGCAGGCCUUGAAGGCCAUUGGUCUAGAAGAUCAGAUCGUUUCCUGUGGUGUGCCCAUGAGAGCUAGAAUGAUCCACUCUCUCUCAGGAAAGAAGUCUGCAAUUCCAUACGGGAACAAGUCGCAGUACAUCCUUUCAAUAAGCAGAGAGAAGCUAAACAAGGAUCUGCUGACUGCUGUGGAGUCAUACCCCAAUGCCCAGGUACACUUUGGCCACAAGCUGUCGAAAUGCAGUCCUGAAGAAGGGGUGGUCACCGUACUUGGACCUGACAAAGUCUCCAGAGAUGUCACUUAUGACCUCAUCGUUGGAUGUGAUGGAGCCUAUUCAACCGUCAGAGCCCACCUCAUGAAGAAGCCCCGCUUUGAUUACAGUCAGCAAUACAUUCCUCAUGGGUACAUGGAGUUGACGAUUCCGCCUAAGAAUGGGGAGUACGCCAUGGAACACAACUGUCUUCACAUUUGGCCUAGAAAUGCCUUUAUGAUGAUCGCCCUUCCAAACAUGGACAGAUCUUUCACAUGCACCUUGUUCAUGUCCUUUGAAGACUUUGAAAAGCUUCCCACAUGUAACGACGUGCUGGUCUUCUUCCAGAAGAACUUUCCGGACGCCAUCCCUCUGAUGGGAGAGCAAGCGCUCAUGAGAGACUUCUUUCUGUUGCCUGCCCAGCCCAUGAUAUCAGUGAAGUGCUCUCCCUUCCACCUGAAGUCACACUGUGUGCUGAUGGGAGAUGCGGCUCAUGCCAUCGUCCCAUUUUUUGGGCAAGGAAUGAAUGCGGGCUUUGAAGACUGCUUGGUGUUUGAUGAGUUAAUGGACAAAUUCAAUAAUGAUCUUAGUAUGUGCCUUCCUGAAUUCUCGAGGUUUAGGGUUCCUGAUGACCAUGCAAUUUCGGACCUGUCUAUGUACAAUUACGUGGAGAUGCGAGCACACGUCAACUCUAGGUGGUUCCUGCUUCAAAGGCUCCUAGAUAAAUUUCUUCACGCCAUUAUGCCGUCUACCUUUAUCCCUCUCUAUACCAUGGUCGCCUUCACCAGAAUAAGAUACCACGAGGCAGUGCUCCGCUGGCAUUGGCAAAAAAAAGGUGAUAAACAAGGGACUCUUUGUCCUCGGAUCCCUGGCAGCCAUGGGAAGCACUUACAUGCUUGUGCACUACCUGUCCCCGAGACCUCUGCAAUUCUUGAGAAGACUGGGCUGGACCGGAACCACUGGCUACUGGAAGAGGAGCACAGACCUUUCCCUGCAAAUUCCAUGGAGUCACUAGGACAAAUUCCCUGCAUCACUAACCAUAGUGACAAGGUUCUGGGUAGCAAAUGUUUGAUUUCUCUUCAAAAAAUCAAGGACAAAAAACAUGUUUCUACUGCCAUAUUUAACUCACCACUAGAAAAUAAUUGUCAGCACAUGUCAGUGUCGAGUUUCUGGGUUUUUGUCAGCGGAGCGAGGGGAGAAUGCUGUGUUUGCAGUUUCCAUCGCUUUGCAUGCACGGCUGGGUCACUCCAAGUUUAAAACACAAUAACCAAGGUCUCACUUCUCAAAAACAUUUUUUUUUUCCCGUAAAAGACAUUAUAGGAUCAACAACACCCAGGGCUGAAAACCACGGAUUGUCUAGCACUACUUCCUCUUUGUAGCAGGAGACGGAGCUUGCCUAAUCACAGGCUCCUAGCCACUUGCUCGCUAAAAGCAGGAGUGAAAGAGAGUCAGGGUGCACCAGCAAGUUCCAGGAUGAAUCUGUUAUAUUUCCUAGUCCCCAGGCACCAGAACUAUUAUCUUUUGAAGAGAAGGGCUAAUAAUGGCAUCCUAAGUGAAGGAUGAGAAAGGGUUGUUAUUAGCAAUAACUAUAUACAAGGGUGGAGCGGAGAUGGACGGUGCUUUCCAGAAGCAUGGGGACACAGUUUGCUCCAUUUCAGACACACAGAAGCCAUGCAGCGCACAGACACCCUCUCUGGUUCUUUCUUCAGUAGCUGGCUUACUGGGACACUCUAAUUAGAGAGGAGGUCCUCCCCAAUCAGUGGAGUUGGAAAGGGGCAGGGAGGAGUUAAGCGAGGGAGGGUGGGACUGGGAAGGAAUGAGGGAGCGGAAUACAGCCAGGUACAGAGUUAAUAAAAUGUAACUAAUAAUAAAUAAAUUGAAUUCAAUAAGGAGCUAGCGAUCCUGAAGACAAUCUACAUACGAAUGAAGCUGUAAAUAAAAAAUUCAAUAAGUCAAAAAAUAACAACCUUCCCUUCAGAGUGAAGCUUCACCAACAGAAUGUAUCAUGUACAAAACAGUACUAUCAGGGAUUGAAGGCAAUGUAGAAGAAUUAAAGUAUUUGAUCGAAAAGUAUAUGUUUAAAAUAUUAAUAAAUGUGUAUUAAUAAAAUAUGAAACACACAAAAAAAGAAAUUCUUGCCAUUGUUAGUUUUGAGAGCUACAAUACCAGUUUCGAGGAAAUAAAACCCGAGGUAGUAAAGA